AUGGCACCGGUUAUGGAUCCGCACGAAGUGCAGAAGCAUCUGGUGAAGAAGUUUGGCGACCGCAAACUGAUAGCUACUUAUCGGUACCUGAUGAGCAGCCGUCAGGCUCCUGCGAGCUUGGUCUUUGCAAUGGCCUCGCAGCAGCAGGAGAGUGGGUCCAAGCGGCGAAAUCCUCAGGAUUAUCGCCGCUUCAUCCGUUACAUGCCGGGAUCGCUGUGGCGCUACCUGCAAGCGACACCGUCUUUGGUAGACUGUGUAGAGAAGCUGGGAACGUUUCUCUUUGGCUUGGGCCUUCGUCUUCCCAGCGAGCUCACAGUGGCCUACUUGACUGCAGCUGUGACCUUUCGCAACGGGGACUGCAGCUCCUUUCAGCUGCACCAGAACUUCCUCGCCGUGAAACGCUUGUGGAAGCAGCUCUACUCCAGGCUCUCGAAGUUGCCUUCAGAGGGUCCGGAGCCUUGGGUGCAGGAGCUCCCUGGAAACAUGGAUGAGUUGCCGAAGCCCUAUGUUCCAGACGAGACGCCCUUGCCGGAAGCUGAGUGGCCUGUUCCCCAGCGAAGCUUGGACGAGCUUGCGGCUCGUGUGCCGUUGCGCAAGAGUAACCGUGUUGUGGCGGAACAGACGGCCCAGUCUUCCCAGGGUGUUCUUUCCGGGGCGCUGCCGUCGGGGAACCAACUCGCUGCGGUUGUGCAAGCUGCGUUGUCACCCUUCGUCUCUUUGAUGAUGCACGGUGGCCGCCAAACUCAAGCAGCAGACGCUGGCGUUGGUCUGCAGAUCCUCAGCCCGGGACGUCGUUGCACAAGUAAAAGAAGUCUGGAACUUCAGACUCCGCCUCGCGAAAGGGCUGCGGCGUCCACACAGCAGCCACAGCAGCUGGCGCUGCCGCCACCGGCUCCGUCCACACAGCAGUCAGAGCAGUUGGCGCUGCUGCCACCGCUUGCAGCAGAGGAGCAGCCACCUGUGCCGCCUUGCCCUGACUUCCUGCAGAGCCCCCCGCCCAAGCCCUGCACUUUGCGCGACAAGGCUUUGGAACUGGCCAACAGUUUCCAAGGACCGCAGGAGAGCCCAAAGCUGCGGAAAGCCAAGACCUUUGCCCGUCCUGCCGCUGCGACGAAGGUUUUCGCCCGGCCUGCUGCUGCGACGGCGCUGGGGAAACCCAAGGUUGCGCGCUUGGCGGCGAAGAAGAAGCCAGCUGCGUGCAAGAAGCCUGCUGCGGCAACGAAGCAAGCCCUUUCCCAGAGCUUUGCUUGUGUGGUUUCCCGAGCAUACCACGCUGCCCGAAACCGUGCCUUGGCUGCUGGCCAGAGCAAAGAGUCUGCCACUGAGGCUGGCCGCCGGGCCUACCGCAAAGCUAAGGCUGAGUUUGCGGUCUGA